UAGAGAGGACAGGAGGAUGAAGCACUGGGGCAAGAGCAUCACUUGUGCACUUAGAAUGUGUGUUAUGUGGUAUACGGCAAGGUAUGAUUGUGGUCUGCUCAAGGGAGGUUGGGACUGCAGGACACUGAUUGGCUCUGCUUGAUAGUAGGGAGUGGCCAGAAUAUGAAUGACCGCUCCUGCCUUAUGCUUUAGCAGCUUUUUGGGACAGCUGUCGAGGAGGCAUGUGGUGUUUGAGAUUGCGCAUGCUGAGCGCAGAGCAUCUGAGCUAGUGAGAGAAGGUACAAGAAAAAAAGGAAGGAGGGGGAGACCAAGAGAGAAAGAGAACAGGAGCUGGUGAAUAGAGAGGGAGGGAGCUUGAGGCAGAAAGAGCGGGCUAGCGCUCAAACACUGCAGUCUUUCUUUUGCUUCUCUGAAGAAUCUCUUCUCACUGUCUCGCUGCUUGGCCAUGACCCCGUUGGACGCCUUCAUCAUCUAGAGAGGAGGAGACAAACGCUCCACAGCGGAGGGACCUGAAGAGGGGACACUUUGCCUCACUGAUGACAGUCUGGAAAUUAAUUAAGCAUCGUCAGCACUGAGGGACACGUUGUGAGGUGCAAGAAGACACAAUGAGGGAGUUGAAGAAGGCGACUUGAUUUGUGAUGCGUGUGGUCAGUCCAGAGAGAAAGAAGGAGUAACCGCAACACUUUUUGGAUAGAAUUGGCAAGUUAGGGUGCAAAUAAAAGUGCUUGUGGUGAAAAGGAAUUGUAAUUCACAAAGAUUGAGUUGCGCAUUUACAUUAUCCAUCCUUUCAUACGUGUCGGUGUUCCAGCAGGCACUUGUACCAGCAUCUGUCUCACUUGUCAUUUUCACCGCAUGUCAGCAAAUCACAUCUUGCACAUACACAGUGCUGAGACACGGCGUAAGCGCAUGUGUUUGAGAAGUUCCCGAGAGAUCCCGAUCGGAAAUUUCUCAUGAGACCAGGUAGGACACUUCUGUAUCGUCUCGACAGUCCCAAGAAGGCUGGAUUUAGACAAGAGGAGUUGUUAAAGCUCUCCAGUCAUCUGCCUGAUUAAAGUAUUCUGAGAUGAACCUGCAAACCAUUUUAUCUGCCAGAGCAUGACACCUGUUUUUGAAGGAUUAGAGGAAGGGAAACAGGCAUGGUCAGAUGUGUGUGCUUGGAUUAUGUCCUAAACGCAUGAGAAUUACACAGGUGUUGUGGCAGGAUUAUGCUGCUGUAUUAUAGGCUUUAGGAGUCAGGUGAAUGACAGAGCUUUAUCUCCAACAGAUUAACUCCGAUGACUCUUAUAAUAAUUUCAUAAUCUGCCCUGGGAUUUGAAAGUUUGAUUGAUUUUGGAGGUAAAGUGAGGAUAGGUGAAACCACCACUGGGAUUCAGCAUCAUCGCCACUCAGUGGAAUGACUUCUGCUUCCUCAUUGUGAACUUUCACCGUUAAAAACUUGCAUUAUGAGACGCUCAAGCACGGAUGAGACACCGUACCGGCGCAGUCCAUCUCUGGACAGCAAACCCGACACGCCACCGUUCUCCUCCGGCUUCCAUCGCUUCAGUGGAGAAUUUGAAUACAAGCGGCCGCCGUUUGCUUUCGGCUUCCACACGACAAAGGGGCCGCAAACAUCAAAGGGCCGCUACGGCCAGGGGAAGAAGUAUGUGGUGUUUUACCUCGACCUCUCCUUCAUAUUCCUCCUAGAACUGCGGCGCUGCAGGAUGGCUGAAGGUUGUAUGAUAGCCCUGCGUUAUGGGAUGGUCUUCUUCAACCUCCUGUUCUGGUUGGGAGGAUGCGGCAUACUGGGGGUGGGGGUGUGGCUGUCAGUGACCCAGGGCAACUUUGCAACCCUAUCAUCAUCUAUCCCCUCCUUGUCGGCAGCCAACCUGCUAAUUGCACUGGGGACCAUCAUCAUGGUGAUUGGCUGUCUGGGAUGUGUGGGGGCUGUCAAAGAGAGCCGUCCUCUUCUGCUGGCAUUUUUCAUCCUCCUUCUGGUCAUCUUUUUCCUCGAGAUCCUGUCCAUCAUGCUGUUCUUCAUCUACCAAGACAAGAUUGACCGCUAUGCCCAGAGGGAUUUGAAGAAGGGCCUCCAGCUUUUUGGCACUGAGGGCAACGUGGGUCUGACCAACGCCUGGAUGAUAGUUCAAACUGAUUUCCGCUGCUGCGGCGUGACCAACCACACAGACUGGUUUGAAGUUUACAAUGCCUCCCGUGUGCCGGACUCUUGCUGCCUGGAGUACAGCGACAACUGUGGCCUAGACAACCCAGGAACAUGGUGGACAGCGCCAUGCUACGAGCGAGUGAAGGACUGGCUUAACGAGAACCUGGUGGCCCUGUGGAUCUUUGCUCUAUGCACAGCACUUACUCAGAUCCUGGGCUUGGUCUUCUCCAUGACGAUGUUCUGUCAGGCAGUCAAAGUCGAAACCUUCUACGCUUAGUCCUCAACCCUGACGAAACUUCAGCACAUCUGCGUUGUUCCCGCACGUAGCCGGACAGAUGCAGCCUUCCUCCUCCCGACACAUACUCUUGCUCACUUUCAACAAGCACAGUGUUAUACUUUUCCUAUCAUUUGCUAUGUGUGAAAUACUCAUUUCUGUGAUGCAUUUGACUAAGCAGUAUAAUGAACGUGUUAAGCAAUGUAACCUGUUUUUAAUGUGUUUGUUUUCAUUUAUUUUAUGUUUUUAUGUGUUUUCAAGCGAGAGGCUCAGUGAGGCAAGUGCACUGGUGAAGUGCUGCAAGUGCAUGUCUGCUGCGAUGGUGUGUAAUAAAUGUUUUGGAUCUACAGAGCAGUCAGUGUGUC